UUGUCUAAUUGAUUAAUUAAAAGUGGUUUGAAGUUUCCAUGAAGCUCCUAUACCACACAAUAGAAAUAAGUUCUGAAGAGGGAUAAUCUUCAUUUUGAUAAGUAUCUUAAGAGAGAAAAAAAAAAAAUGGAAAUGGGAGAAGAGGUGAAAUUACUAGGAUUUUGGCCAAGUCCAUAUGCAAUUAAACCAAAAAUUGCACUUCAUUUGAAAUCAGUAGAUUAUGAAUAUAUUGAAGAAACACUGCAAUCUAAAAGUGAUCUUUUACUUGAAACAAACCCUGUUUACCAAAAAAUCCCAGUUCUUCUUCAUAAUAAUAAGCCUGUUUGUGAGUCUCUCAACAUUGUUGAAUACAUUGAUGAGGCCUUUCCAUCUACUCCGUCCAUUCUCCCAGCCGAGCCUUAUGAUCGCGCCAUCCAACGCUUUUGGGCUGCUUACAUCGAUGAGUGGUUCCCAACAUUUCGUGAAGUAGCCCUUGCACAAAGUGAGGAAGUAAGAAGAGCAGCAAUAGAGAAAGUGAAAGAAGGGAUGUCAUUGCUUGAGGAUGCCUUUGUCAAAUGCAGCAAAGGGAAGCCAUUUUUCAGCGGCGACAAUAUCGGGUACCUUGACAUUGCCCUUGGGAGCUACUUGGGGUGGUUAUACGUCUAUGAAAAACUGAGCAACAUUAACGCGCUUAACAAGGAAGAGACGCCUAGCCUCCUUGCCUGGGCCGAGAGGUUUUCUGCUUCUGAUGCUGUCAAGGACUACAUGCCUGAGGUUGACAGGCUUAUGGAGUUUGCCAAGAUUAUUAUGCCUAGGUUCAAAGCAGCUUCUAACUAAAGCUAUAUAUAUGAUGUCUAUUAUAGGAAUAGAUGAUGAUACAUGAAUACAUGAUGCACCUUUGAUCUUUAGUUUUGUGUUGUAUUUUAUGGUUGUUUAAAUUAUUCUAUUUUCAUAAAUUUCUCUUAAACUAAACAUGCACAAGUGAGUUUAUUAAUCAAAGAUGGUUUUUUAUUUGAUC